CCUUGGGGCCAGCCGCUCACACCGACCGCCGCCGCCAUGGAGGCCAUCAAGAAGAAGAUGCAGAUGCUCAAGCUGGACAAGGAGAACGCCCUGGACCGGGCGGAGCAGGCCGAGGCUGAGCAGAAACAAGCAGAGGAGCGCAGCAAGCAGCUGGAAGAUGAAUUGGCUGCCAUGCAGAAGAAACUGAAGGGGACAGAAGACGAGCUGGAUAAAUACUCAGAGGCUCUCAAAGACGCACAGGAAAAGCUCGAGCUGGCGGAGAAGAAGGCAGCCGACGCUGAGGCAGAAGUGGCAUCCCUGAACCGCCGCAUCCAGCUGGUAGAGGAGGAGUUGGACCGGGCCCAGGAGCGCCUCGCGACAGCCUUGCAGAAGCUGGAGGAAGCCGAGAAGGCUGCGGACGAGAGUGAGAGGGGCAUGAAGGUCAUCGAGAACCGAGCUCUGAAAGAUGAGGAGAAGAUGGAGCUGCAAGAGAUCCAACUCAAGGAGGCCAAGCACAUUGCUGAAGAGGCCGACAGGAAGUACGAAGAGGUUGCCCGGAAGCUGGUCAUCAUCGAAGGGGAUCUGGAGCGUACCGAGGAGAGGGCCGAGCUGGCGGAGUCUAAAUGCUCAGAGCUGGAAGAGGAGUUGAAGAAUGUCACCAACAAUCUCAAGUCCCUUGAGGCCCAGGCUGAGAAGUACUCUCAAAAAGAGGACAAGUAUGAAGAGGAGAUCAAGAUCUUGACCGACAAACUCAAGGAGGCUGAGACCCGUGCCGAGUUUGCCGAGAGAUCAGUAGCCAAACUGGAGAAGACCAUUGAUGAUUUGGAAGAUAAGCUGAAGUGCACCAAAGAGGAGCAUCUUUGCACGCAACGGAUGCUGGACCAGACCCUGCUGGACCUGAACGACAUGUAGGAGGCCCUCCCGACGGCCCGACGGCCCCACUGCCUUGUAGCCAUUUGAGGAGCAUCUUUCUGCUGGGGCCUGCUCUGUCUUUAGAAAAGAAAAGGAAAGGGGGAAAAAAGAAAAGUUGACCUCUAACCCUGGAAAGGGGGAGAAAGGUCAACGGUUAACAUUCCAACUUUUGUUGCCAACUUAACCAAAAGUCUCUGCCAAUCCUCCUCUCUCUCCUCUUCACCCCACCCCAGGAUUACAGGCCAUCACCAGCAGCACCGUUAAGGGAGAAAACCUGCACAUAUGCUACACAAUACUAUUUUGGGGAGGGUGCGUGCAUCCAGGGUGUACACUUCUUUGUAGUAAUUGUGGGGUGGCGUAUGGUCUUGGUGGUGGCUGUUUUUCUUCCUUCUGAUAAUGGUUCUUCUGAACAUCACGUAUAAUGCCAAGACUCACAAGCUAUAAGCGUUUAAGGUUUGCCAUUUAACCCUGCUCUCCUCCGGUCUCGUGCGCACUCUUUGGUACGCCGCCUUUUCGGGAGCGGGGGGGGGGGGAUGGCGCGACUUCUUCUGUGCACCCCCCACCCCGCCCCCGUGGUAUGGUCAUAAAUGUCCUAGCCUGGGCCUACCGAACAAAAAAUCCCCACGGAAUCUGCAAGGGGUGGGGAACUCACAAAUGCACAAAAUCAACUUUUGGGGUCUCAAUCUGCCUUCCAGCAGGGGGAUAGGUUUUCCUUGCUUUGCCAAAAAGAAAAAGGUGCCGUCUUCGCUCACUCUCUUUCGUGGUUUUUAUAGCGAUUUCUGGUUUGGAGAAACGACUAUCAAAAUAUAUCAGGUUUUAAAAGUGAUCUAUUUCCCCAACGUUUUUCCUUGAGCCACCUAGGCUUUCUCUGUCUUCCUCUCCCCGCCCACUUGAGUUUCCACACCUGGCUACUAAGAAUUGGCGGCUACCCAGUCUGUCCCACUGUAACCAUGAAAUCUCUCCCCAGCUGGGCUUAGCUUGCUCUGUGCUUGGUAAAGCUUUUCGUAGCUUUUAUGUGUGGGCGCUUGUGAGGAGAGGGGGGGCUUUUGUUACUGGCCUGUUCUGGAUGCGAGGGGUCUUGCCUCUCUGGUCCUAGCCAAGAUCCUAUUGUACUGUCUUAAACAAACUGGAUCCCAGCCACCGUGACGCUUUCUGCUAUUCUGAGACCUGAGCUGCCAAGGUGUGUGCUUUUCCCAGCUCCCUACCCCACCCUACCCUGCCUCUGUGUAAAGCCUGCUGGGCCUUGAAGGAGGAAGUGUAUAUGCCGCCGUGGCUUUUAGGGGCCGGCGUGGAGAAAUGAGGAAAUCAUAUCAAGUGUUUUGAUACUAAAAAAAAAAAAAAAUCCUUUUGUCUUUUAUUGUCUUUUUUUUAAAUAAUAAACAGAUGCAUUCCCUCC